CUCCAUACAUUCCUGAGGAACUUCCAACAUCAGAAUAUUUCCAGAGAUGGGAUUUCUUUUGAUGAAAAUGGAGUUCCUGUUGGUGAUUUUGAUAUCAUGCACUGGACAUCAGUUCCGAACAAAUCAGAUGUGGGGGUGAAAAUUGGGAGUUAUUCCAAUAAGAAGCGGGAUCAGUGUGUCCCCAAAAGCAUAAGAUUCUUAUCCUAUGAAGAAUCAUUGGGACUCAUCCUGACUUUCUUUGCCAUUGCUUUGUCCCUAACCACUGCCUUUAUUCUGGGAAUCUUCAUUAAACACCAAGAAACUCCCAUAGUCAAAGCCAACAACCGUGAACUCACCUACAUCCUCCUGGUUUCUCUCCUGUUUUCUUUCUUGACCUCCCUUCUAUUCAUCGGUUGCCCCAUGAAAAUGACCUGUCUCCUUCGACAAACCAUUUUCAGUAUUGUUUUCUCUGUCGCCGUAUCUUCUUUGCUGGCCAAGACUGUAAUUGUGGUGGUGGCCUUCCUGGCUACAAAGCCAGGAAGCAGGAUGAGGAAAUGGCUGGGGAAGGGUCUGGCCCACUCAAUUGUUUUAUCCUGCUCUGGUAUUCAAGUAGGCAUCUGUAUGACUUGGCUGGGAAUCUUUCCACCGUUCCCAGAUUCUGACUUUCAUUCCCAGCCAGAACACAUCCUGCUGCAGUGCAACGAAGGUUCAGUGACCAUGUUCUACAUUGCCCUUGGCUACAUGGGUUUUCUGGCUGCCAUCUGUUUCUUGGUGGCAUUUCUGGCUCGAAAUCUGCCAGGAACCUUCAAUGAAGCCAAACUGAUCACCUUCAGCAUGCUGGUUUUCUGCAGUGUUUGGAUCUCCUUUGUCCCCAGCUACCUGAGCACCAAAGGGAAAUACAUGGUGGCUGUGCAGAUCUUCUCCAUCUUGGCCUCCAGCCUAGGUUUAUUGGGUUGUAUUUUUGUUCCAAAGUGCUACAUUAUUACACUGAGACCUGACAUAAACACCAAGGAACAUCUGAUGAUGAAAUCUCAUUAA